CUGUCAUUAUAAGGAUUGCAUAGACAAUCUUGUCGAUGUUUCUGUUUUAUUAAAGGGCAGGUUAAAAAAAAUAUAUAUAUAUCAGACUAUGUCCGGAUUCAUAUUAUCCGUCGCGGGGCAAAUAGAAACGGCUGAUUUUCCAGAAUAUGAUCGAAUCUACUGCAAAUACUGUUUUAUGUUCGGUCAGGACUGGGAUGUAACUUCGGGUGUUGAAGAAGGCGUGACUCAGGUUGCCAAAAGCAGCGACGAGGAUGAGUUAUUCAUUUGGAAUUUUCCCCUUGAAAUUUCUUUCAGGGGAACAAACCCAUUUGGUUGGCCGCAGCUAAUUUUAAGUGUUUAUGGUAUCGACACAUUUGGGAAUGAUGUCGUAAGAGGGUAUGGCAUCUGUCAUAUUCCAAUUUCAGCCGGGCACUGGAAGAAAAUAGUUCCUAUGUUUGUGCCAGAAUCCAGUUCAUUCCUUCAGAAAAUUACUUCCUGGUUAACAGGCAGAAGACCAGAAUAUAUAGAUCCUCGUGUCCUAGCUCAAGGAGAAGGAAGAGAGGUGACACGAGUGAGAAGCCAAGGAAAGGUUGAAAUUAGUUUCCAUGUGAUGACAAAAGACUUCGGAAUUUAUGGCUUAGACAAUUCUCAGCACAAAGUUACAACUGUAGGCUCCUUAUGCAGAAGUGUAAACAGCAUAAGUAUAAAAUAAUUUUGUAAAUUUGUUUUACAAGAAUGAUGCUCAAAAAUCGUGUUUUGUCGCUAUAAGUACUCUUUGUCAAUAAGAGCAGUUGGAUCUAACAAGUCAACAAUAAAAGUUUGAUCCCCUGACUGUCAUCUAUUGUAAUGAUAUAAAUAAAAAUGUAAGAACAAAUAAUACCAACAAAUAGUGUUUACACAGUGUGAACAGUUUAUUUAUAUAUAAUCAUUAUAUUUAUCACUAUAUAUUUCCUGACAAUAAAGCCAGUUAAAAUUUUUGUUGUGUUAAUGUUAGAGUAGCAUUUUUAUCUGUCUAGAUUGACAAUUUUAUUGUUUGUAUUUGUCUUAAAGACAGAAUAGUGACAAUAAAUGUUGAAGAAUAUCUCUCUCUGGUUUAUUGAAUUUUAGAACCCUACACAAAAAGUAGAUGUAUGCUGAAUAUCUCUUAAUGCUUUGCGAAAAGCAAAAGUAGAAAGUUGUAGGUGCGUCCCGCUUACAGGAGAAAGUGUGUCUCAUCAAGAACAGAUGCAAUAUCGUUAAUGAAGAUCUUAAAUAGAAAGGGGCCUAAGUGUGUUCC